AUGACCCCUUCAACGGUGAUCGAGACUGAAGAGUUCCCACUGCGGCAGCCGCGAGGGCCAGCCCACGAUGUGCAGGACGCUGACGACGUCGAACAGACGGUCGGGGUAACAGACCCGCGGCAUACGGACUCGCAAAGGACAAAACUGAGCGUCCUCAUCGGCUCUGGGAUCCUCCAGCUGCCGAUCUGGGGGUUCACCAUGAGCUAUGGAGUGUUCCAAGAGUACUAUACCAAUAACUGGACCUUUGAAGGAGACCGUAGCAUCACCGGAGUGAUUGGUACAACCGCAAAUGGGGUCAUGUAUCUGUCGAUGCCGCUACUGUUUGCCUUGUUCACCCGCCGAUGGGCGCAUCGCCGCCAACUGGCAGCUCUCUGCGGCACAGCGAUCGCAUGCCUCAGUUUCCUGCUAUCUGCGUACAGCCAGACCAUCGGUCACCUGCUGGCUACGCAGGGGAUUACUUCGGCGCUGGGCUGCGCCCUCAUCUACAGCCCGACCACGCUCUCCCUGGGUGAGUGGUACAGCACCAGCAACCGCGCUAUCGCAUACGGCAUCGUUCUCUCCUGCAAGAACAUCGUCGGGACGACGUGCCCGUUCAUGAUUCGCGCGCUAAUCGAUGCGUACGGCUACCGGAGGACCCUGCAAGCCUGGACGGGGAUCGUCGCCGGGACAAGUAUCGUGGCGGUCUCUCUGAUCCCAACACACCCUUCGACGGCCGGUAUCCAUAGAACCCGUGGACGCAAGAUCCCAUGGACCUUCCUGAAGCACCGGUCAAUCUACUUCUACAGCAGUGCCAUCAUCUUCCAGAGCUCCGGCUACGGGAUCCCGCAAACCUACCUCAGCAGCUACGCCAAGGAUAUUGCCCUACUCUCUCAGACUUCCGGAACGCUGCUACUGGCCGUCUUCAACACGCCAGGGAUCAUCAGCUCGACCUUCUUCGGCUGGCUGAGCGACAAUAAGCGGAUCCGGCUCUCCGCUCAGACGGUGUCGGCCAUUCCCCCCAUCGCCAGUGCCCUUGCAACGCUGCUCUUCUGGGGCCUGACCACCCAGGGCAACAUCGGGCUCCUAGUCCUCUUCUCUAUCACGUUUGGUUUCUUCUCUGGCGGGUAUAGCGCGACCUGGGGAGGGAUGCUUAAGCAGAUGGAGGGCGAGUCUGCGGAGCGCAAUGAAGCCAUCGAUCCCGGGAUGCUGUACGGUCUGCUGAACGGCGUGAGAGGCGUGGGCUACGCCAGCGGGGGGUUCGCCAGUGUUGGACUCUUGAAAGCAGGAACUCUGCCGGCCAGUCAGCGGUUCGGCUAUGGCACCUCCCCUUGGCGGUUGGGUGGUUCUGUGGAAGUGGAAUCCAAGACGACUCUUGCUGUUUGGGCGAGGAUAGGCAGGGAAACUGAGGAAGUGGAAGAAAGAGAGAGACAGAGGAAGGGAGGGAGAAUACCCCGCAUGCCACAUUCCCGGUGA